AUGACACAUCAAGCUUGGACUAUCGCUGAUUUACCGCAUCGACGAUGGAGGUUAAAAUAUUUACCUGAUGAAUUCCGAGCAGAAGACGUUAGAGACGAAAAUCAUCCUUAUUUCACAUUAUUAAAAAUUUUUGAUCAAUUAAGGGACUUAGCUUACACAACAGAAGAUGUACCAAUGCUAUCAAUAAUAGAGCAUAAAUUAAAAAUCGUUGGAAAAAUUAUUGACAAUUUGAUUGAUUUGCCGGGUCCUUAUAUAAAAGGCGUAAUCGAUUUCACAGCAUUAUCGGCCUACGUUCAUACAAUCAACGAUUUAUGGUCCAAAAAAAAUCAAUUAAUGUUGACACCUGUGUGGAGAAGUCAUAUAACUUCCGAGAAAUUUUCCGAAUAUUUAAAUACCGAGGUUUACGAAUCAUUUUUAUUACCAACACUUUAUCAUAUAAGUUUAAUAUUAGAUUGGUGGUUGGGCGAUCCUCAAUUCGAAUUUUGGAUUGGAAUAAUUGAUUUAAAUUUUGAUCAAUUCGAAACACAAUUAGAAGCUUAUGUUCAUUUUUAUAACGCAGAGUGCAUUCAUGACACUGACAGUAGUGCAACAACACCAAGUUCAAUGAAAUCAGAUGAAACAACAGACGAAGAAUUAAACGAUAACGACACCAUAUUUAAACCAUUAGUUCACACAGAUUCAAGUGAUUUCGAAUGGAGCGAUUCAGAUUUUUAA